AACAACAUACCGGAAGACUGUAUCACAAGUGUCACAGUCUUCACAGGACGUGCAGCAUAUUUGAUUAAAAUGCAGCGCUCACAAAUUGCAAUCGGCGGGGCAGUCCUGGCCGGUGGAGCACUUGCAUUAUAUGCAUAUACUCAGAAGCAACGUAAAAACUGGCAACCUAUUGGUGUGGUUUCCAAAAUGUUUAUUCACCCAAUAAAAUCGUGUUGCGGAACAGAAAUACAAACAGCAGUGUGCACGCAAAACGGGUUAUAUCACGACUCCUGCAACAUUUUAGACAGGGGUUUCGUUAUUACUCGUGCUGAUGGAACUUUCAUAACAGCAAGAGCUUACCCACUUAUGGUCAAAAUAUCAACACAAGUUGAAGAUGAUGGGGGAAUUCUUGUAUUGGAUGCUCCAGGUAUGGAACCUGUUGAAGUAAAUGUUCCAUUGAAUGAAACAGCAGCAAUCAUGUGCAGGAUCUGGGGUGAAGAAAUUCCAGGCAUUGACUGCGGAGAUGAAGUUGCAAAGUGGCUUCAGAAAUAUCUUUCCUUGGAUGAUUUGCGACUAAAAUAUCACCCCAACUCUGCAAGUGUCCGACCGCUGUGCCAAAGAGAUACAUAUGCACCACUGCGCUUCCAGAAUAAAAAUAAUGGAAAUAGUAUAUACCAUGAUUUCUCACCAUACAACAUCUUGUCCGAGGCAUCCAUACUUGAUGUGGCGGAAAGAAUGGAAAAAAGUGGUAACUUGAAUGUUCGCAACUUUCGACCAAACUUCCUUAUUUCUGGAUGUGAACCACACAAUGAGAACGACUGGACUCACUUUAAAGUUGGAACUGCAGAGUUUAAAUUUGCAAAACACUGCCACAGGUGUACUCUUCCCAAUAUUGAUACAGACACUGGUAUUAUGAGACCUGAUCAAGAGCCACUGCAAACUAUGAAAACUUUUAGACUCUGCAAAGAAGAAGACCGGAAAGUUUACGGCACAAGUCCAAUUCUUGGAGUAAAUCUCGGUAUUUUUAAGACUGGAACUGUCUCUGUUGGCGACGUGGUCUAUGCUUGCUAAGCUUUUAUUUUUGUUCUUAAUCUGCCUGAUUGUGCAAUGCAAUGUUUCCUUAUAAUUCUGCCCUAAAACAAAUAAGUGAAAAAGCAUGGUGCUGUAAUGUUUUUCACAAUUUGGCCUUUAAAAUAAAUGUUCUAUAAAAACUCUGUCUUUAUUAUAUUCUCAAAUCUAUUUCUUUUUUUUCUUCUUUCCUUUUGGUUCAUCUUCUUCCUCUGGCGGUUUACAAGCUUCCAGUCUUUUCUUUCCUAGUGGUGUCUUCAAAUACCAAACCUUCAAAUUAAUAACAACCGUCAAGUAUCUUAUUUCGUUAAAUGUUAAUCAGCAUCUAGCUUGCAUCCUUUCAAUUAUCAUCAUGCAUAUUUUGCUGUUAGUGUGACCCAAUAUUUUGAAUUAAAAUUCAUGAAGUUGUACAAAU